AUGUGCAAAACCAAAAUGGCCAUUAACGCUUCUACCCCACGUUCACAACAACAACGCACAAACCAAACACCAAAAACAACAUCAUCAUCAUCAUCAUCAAAAACAUUAUCAAAAACAUCAUCAUCAAACCCCACGAAACCCAAAACCCCUUCUUUCUCCGGCAACCCUUCCACCUCCUACGCCACCACAAGCGGCUCCACCGGCUUCCGUCUCUCAUCCGACACAUCCAUCUCAACCCCAACAUCUCUCACCAAACUCCGCAACUCACUCCCAGAAAAUCCCAACAUCUACGACUUCUCCGAAAUCUGUUCCGCCACAAACAACUUCCUCUCCAAACGCUACUCUUCCUCAACCCCUUGCUGGCACUGCACACUCCGCGGCGCUGAUGUCAUCAUCUUCCAGCGCAAAUUCCAACGCAAACUCCAAACCACUCAGCUUCGCGAACUUCUCUCCGUCGUCUGUCGCAGCCACCACGUCAGCAUCAUCAAACUCCUCGGCGUUUCAAUAUCCGGCGAACAUAUUUACCUCGUGUACGAAUUCGUUAACGGCGCUAACCUCUCCGAUUGUUUACGUAACACCAGAAAUGUUCAUUUCACCGUUCUUUCUACAUGGAUUUCGAGAAUGCAAGUAGCGACUGAUCUCGCUCAUGGACUCGAUUACAUUCACAGUAAAAGCGGCUUGAAUUUCAAUUUCGUUCAUAAUCAUAUCAAAAGUAGCGCGAUUAUUGUUACCGAACCUGAUUUCAACGCAAGGGUUUGUCAUUUCGGCGCGGCUCAGCUCUGCGGUGAAGCCGUUGAGGAAAACGAAAUCGCCACCAAACAAUUGGGGGAAAACGAAAUCACGGAGGAACCUAGAUCCAAGGAUUUCAGAAGCUCCAACGUGCAAUUCGAAGGUGUUAGGGGUUACAUGUCGCCGGAGUUUCAAUCCACCGGCGUGGCGACGCAGAAGUCUGAUGUGUUUGCUUUUGGAGUGGUGAUACUGGAGCUUUUGUCCGGUGAGGAGCCGCUGAAGUUUAAGUUUGACGAGAAGAGCCGUGACUUUGUGAGGAAAUCGGUGAUUGAGUCAGCGAGAGCCGCCGUGGACGGUGGCGAUGGUAGCGUGGAAGGGAAGCUGAGGAUGUGGGUGGAUCGGAGGUUGAAAGAUUCGUUUCCGGUUGAUGUUGCGGAGAAGCUGACACGUGUAGCUUUGGAUUGUGUACACGUGGACCCGGAUCAAAGGCCUAACAUGGGACGCGUCGCAGGGAAGAUUUCCACGUUGUAUUUGAAGUCUAAGAAUUGGUCUGAUAACAUGAAAUUGCCUGAUAUCUCUUUUUCAUUGGGUCCUAGAUGA